GCAGGACGCCGGCCCUCGAGGCCUGGAGUUGCCUGGAGUAACUAAAGUAAGAACAGUCAGUGCGACUUUCAUCUUGCACUGCUUCCUCCUCAUUACAUUUGUCAUUAGACCACAUUUACACUUGGUCUGAUGUGGUGAGAGUCUGUUUCUCUCAGUGAACCGACUCGCUGUGACAGCAGACGCCACCAAAUCAACACUUUGACUCAUCCGUGCCAGCGUGGCUGUAAACUGCAGCUUGACUGGUUGGUGGAGAUCAGCAACCACUGGCCUGGUGUUAGUGUAACCUCAACGAUGCUUUGCUACAAACAGGAACUGUUACAGAUAUAUUUAAGGAUCCUCCACUUGAUGCUGUUUACUGGCACAGAGUAGGAACCGCCUCUGCAGGCUCACAGCUGUUUUUCUGCAUUACCUGUGUGUGUGUGUCGAUGAAGACUACACUAGUGUCCACCUGCAGCAGUGAGUGUGCUGUCAUCACCCACAGUCAUCCUAAGCUGGUCUCAGUAGCUCCUGUGUGGCUUUGUGACCCAGCCUCUGUUAUUUGGCCCAGUGUAUUUAUAUUUAUUGAACAUUUGUUACUUUGAAAUAAAGAUGUGAUAAACGAGAGCAUGUGAGCAGCAUCACUGUCUGUUUGGUCUCCUCAGUAUGUGGGCGCCCUGGAAGAGAUGCUGGUGGCUCUGAGGAAAAGCCCGAGCAAACCGACACCAGAGGUGCUGGCUGAAUACACGAGAAAAGUCAGUUUUCUGAAAGGAACUCUAGAAGCAGAGAAGCUGUCUUCACCAACAGAAAAAGCUUUAGCUAAUCAGUUCCUCGCUCCGGGUCGGACGGCCACGAUGGCCAACGAGAGGAUGUCUGUCACUAAAAAAGUCCACACGCAGACGAAGGCGCGGUGCACGGGAGAGAUGAGGGACGAGCUGCUCGGCACGGCGUCGUCGGGAAAAGACGCAGACUUGAGGAACCGAAGAUGUUUUCCUCUGGACGAGCGUCAGUCUGCCGCAGAGCUGGACGCCGUCCUGCAGCAUCACCACAACCUGCAGGAGAAGCUGGCUGAAGACAUGCUGAACCUGGCCAGAAAUCUGAAGAACAACACUUUGGCUGCGCAGAACAUCAUCAAACAAGACAACCAGACUCUGAGCCAGUCCAUGCGUCAGGCGGACCUGAACUUCGAGAAGCUGAAGACGGAGUCCGAGCGGCUGGAGCAGCACACUAAGAAGUCUGUGAACUGGCUGCUGUGGCUGAUGCUCAUCCUAGUCUCCUUCACCUUUAUCAGCAUGAUCCUCUUCAUCAGAAUCUUCCCCAGACUCAGAUGAUGACCGUGAUCAUCCUCUGAACUCUCCCGUGUUUACAAGAGCAGAGUCUUCACAGGCCUCCGUAGAGCUACAGCGAUACAGAUCAGUAGCUGUCAGCACCAAAACAAAUCCGUUUCACAGACUGUCACUUUACACUUGUGAAACUGAAAUAUUUCUCCUCCACAUUAAAGUUUAAAUCACGACUCGAAGCGCCAGAAUUCUCUUUUUUUGGCACAGCAGAAUCUGCUGGGAGCAACAGCAAAGUCUUAAUGCACAGACGGCGGGACCUGAGCCUUAUUUUAACCCCCAUCAGGACGGCUGCGAGCCAAUCAACACGUGUGCACUUUGUCACCAGGUGAAACUACAAACACACACUCGUCUUUGGUGGAGCAUCUGUUUAGUACUCGUGCACACUGAAAGGCGUUCGUGGACCGUUCGCCGUCAGCUGUAACUCCGUUUGUAACAAAUGUGCCAUCGUUUGCUAAUGUUUCACCUUAAAUCCCCAGUUUAGUAUAUUUGAUUUGAUAAACAUCAUAUAACACGCUGUAAUGUGGCUGUAAGCAGAAACAUGCUGAACAUUUUUAUGCUUCUUCACGUUUCUACACGUCCAGUUCUGACCUGUGGGGCUGAAAAAUGAAGAAAAACUGCAGUUCCAUCAGUGGCCACUUGAGGCCCACCCCCAGAUGAGUCAUGUACCCACAGACUCGCGUGUUAAAAUGCAGCAUUACAGUAGAAAUAAGCACAUUAACAGCCUGCUACUAGAAACAGUUUCAUUUUGACCUUUUUGACAACUUUACUGUUUCUUUUCUUUCUUACCUCACCUGUUGAAACUUUGCUGAGGUUUAAAGUCGGGCCGAGUCCGCUUUGAGUGGCAGGAGGUGAAUGUGAGGCAGGCAGCUGCAGGCCUGUGUCUGUGAUUCACCUCCAGUGGAGUUUGCUCUCACAUGUGGCGGCUUCCAGUCCAAAAAACACAACAACCUAGUGAUGACCGAAAUCACAAACCACAGGGUGAUGUUCUUUAAAGUGAAGCAUCAGCUGUUCACUGGAAGCAGCUCAGUAAACUCAUUUAAAUGUUUAAACGUCAGGGUCAGAGCCAGCGUCGUCAGCCCUGUUAUAGUCGGUUUCCUGCGUCAGGUGAUCCUGUUUGUUCGCGUCCUGUUUGAGGGCUCACGUGUUGUGCGUAGUAUCACUAAAAUGUCAUCUGAUUCAAGAGAGAAAUAAAAUAAUUUAAUUUGC